AUGCUGACAGAAAUAGUUGACAAGUCUUCCCAUGUGGAUGCGUUUUCUCAGUCUCAGCUGACUGUUCAAGAGAGAAAUCAUCUGGGACCUAACAGAGUCUUCCACCAGAAAAUCAGUCGUGGUGUUCUUUCCCUCCCACAUCUGGAAGGUCAAGCAAAGCAUGGCUUGGUGGCAGACACGGCAAACCUUCCCCCCCUGGAAAGCAGCCUGCCUCAGAUAACAAACACGAGUUUGCAGAAUGUCCUCCCCUCUCUUCAGGAAAAUGGAACCCAAGGCAAUUUUUUCCAAUUUAACCUUCCGGACAGUCUUUCUGAAAGUGAUACCAGAGCCCAGACAAAACCGUCAGAACUGGAAAGCACCACCACCAGUGUCAAACUGCCUAUGACAGCUGCAGAAGCCUUGAAAAAUUUUAGAAACCAGUUAACAGUCUAUGAGCAAAAAGAAAUUUUCAAUUAUACAGAGCUAUGGUUUCUUGGGCUGGAAGCUAAAAAGAUUGAAGGUUUGCCUGAAACCCAGAAUAAUAAUUGUUAUGAUGAUGAGCAUGGUUCCUACCUAAAGGUUUUGCAUGACCAUAUUGCGUACCGAUACGAAGUGUUGGAGGUGAUUGGGAAAGGGUCAUUUGGGCAGGUGGCUAAAUGCUUGGAUCAUAAAACCAAUGAAUUAGUGGCAUUGAAAAUAAUAAGGAAUAAGAAAAGAUUUCACAGCCAGGCUUUGGUGGAAGUGAAGAUCCUUGAUGCUCUUCUGAAGAAGGACAAGGAUGAUAAUCACAAUAUCAUCCACAUGAAGGAAUACUUCUACUUUCGCAAUCACUUCUGUAUUUCCUUUGAACUGCUGGGAAUAAAUUUGUAUGAGUUGAUCAAAAAGAACAAUUUCCAAGGCUUCAGUUUGUCUUUAAUUCGACACUUCACUCAGUGCGUGCUGAGAUGUUUACAAGUGCUCUACCAGGAAAGAAUCAUUCACUGUGAUCUGAAGCCUGAGAACAUAUUAUUAUACCACAAAGGCCAAGGUUCAGUUAAAGUUAUUGAUUUUGGAUCAAGCUGCUAUGAACACCAAAGAGUGUACACCUAUGUUCAGAGCCGGUUUUAUCGCUCGCCUGAAGUGAUUCUUGGUCAUCCUUACGCUAUGGCUGUUGAUAUGUGGAGCUUAGGCUGUAUCAUGGCUGAGCUUUACACAGGCUACCCACUGUUUCCAGGGGAAAAUGAAGUUGACCAGCUUGCCUGCAUCAUGGAGGUACUGGGCCUUCCACCAGCUGAUUUUAUCCAGGCUGCAUCAAGGAAGAGAACGUUCUUUGAUUCCAAAGGUUUUCCUAAAUCCAUAACCAACAGCAAGGGAAAAAAGAGAUGCCCAGACUCCAAGGAUCUAAGCACAGUGCUGAACACCCAUGAUGCUGGUUUUUUGGACUUUCUGAAAGGAUGUCUAAUGUGGGACCCUGCCCUGCGCAUGACUCCCGAUGAAGCAAUGAAGCAUGAAUGGAUCCAGGAACCAAAACUACACAGAGCAAAACAGAAGACACAGACUUCAAGCAAGCUGAGUGAUGGCUCUUUCUGUACACCAGAAAAGGAAAAAGAGAAUAUUCAAAAUAUCUGGAAAGAUACAGCUGACAAAGUGGAAAGUGAACUGGCUGAAAGACUGACUCCCACUGUGCCCUCCACAAGCACAACGGAAAAUGAUGGACAGAACACAAGGAAACAUGUUAUUCCAGAGAAACAUCUGGAAACGCAAAAGGAAAAGCCUAUAAAAACUUACCAGGCAGAACACAGUUGUGAAACAGCUCUUCCAAAAAAUUCUCUGUUUUUCCCACCUAUUAAGUAA